AUGUCCGAACAAGACCUUCACCCAAGCAAAUACAACAAAUUGCGGAGUAUCUACAAAUACUAUAUCUAUUCAUAUAUUGCGUUGUAUCAGCUAAAAACGGAAAAAGAAGAAGAAUUAAAGUCAAUUUACAAAAUGAUCAAAACAGAAUUGAUUGAUUCAAAGAAAUAUCACCCAACAAAUGCUAUUAAAGACAUUUUAAAUAUCAUUCCGUAUAAUAAUCGCUAUACAAAGUCAUAUUUAUUUCUUGCCAAACUAAUCUGUGAUGAUUACCAUGUCACAGAGGUCAGAAGCGUUGCAACUAUUCCAAACUUCCUGUUUUAUAAAGAAUAUGGAAUUAAAUUAUACAAAUCUGAUAAUUUCGAAAAAAAUAAAUCAGAAAAUCUCAAUAUUCAUACAGAAAAUACAAUUUACAGGGCAAUUAUGUAUAAUGACCUAGAAACAUUCAUCUCAUUCACUGAACGAGAUGGAUUUGAUAAAGACCAAACACUUAAAAGCAAAUUAUUCACAAAAUCUUAUAAUGGAUAUUCAUUACUUGAAUUAUGUUGUUACCAUGGAGCAAUUGAUUGUUUCAAGUUAUUAAGAUCGAAAUUUAACUCAGAAAUAACUAAAACAUGUCUAGAAUUUUCAUUUUUAGGCGGAAAUCAAGAGAUCAUGAGUGAAUGUUUGAAACAUCAAACACCAAAUGAAGAAUGCAUGAGAUACGCAAUUAUUUCACACAACAUUGAUUUUGUUACAUUCUUGAAGAAUGAGUACAAUAUAGAGAUCAAUUUAGAAUACUGUGGAAUUUACAAUAAUCUUGAAUCCUUUUUAGUUUAUUUCGAUCAAACUAAUGAUAUAAACAAAUGUUUCUUUUAUUCAGCGACAUUUGCUGUCCCAUCCUUUUUGGAAUACUUCCUUUCACAUGGUGCGAAUAUCAAUGAAAAAAUUGAAUAUGGAAAAACAGCACUUCAUAUUGCAGCAAAAAAUAAUAGAAAAGAAAUAGCAGAAGUUCUUAUAUUACAUGGUGCGAAUAUCAACGAAAAAGAUGAAUUUGGAGAAACAGCACUUCAUAUUGCAGCUUGGAAAGAUAGUAAAGAAAUAGCAGAAUUUCUUAUUUCACAUGGUGCAAAUAUCAAUGAAAAAGAUAAAGAAGGAAAAACAGCGCUUCAUAUUGCAACAAAAAAAUAA